UAUUUCAGCAAAUCGAAGUCGAUGAGUGCAUCGAUCCUAACUCUGCAUCCAGAUCGCCGAUGAUCCGUAUGUUUGGCUUGACAGAGGCAGGGAACAGUGUUUUAUGCUAUGUCAAAGGAUUUCUGCCUUAUUUUUACAUCCCAGCACCAAAUGGAUUUAAAAGUGGUGAUAUUGCUGAAUUCAAGUCUAGUCUCGAACUAGCUCUUCAGCAAGAAACUUCUUCAAGCGGGCGGGAAUUAUUGAAUAAGGUUGAAGUUAAACUUAAAGAAACCAUACAAGGAUAUCACGGAAAGCAAAAGUGCCCAUUUCUCAAACUUUCCUUUGUCGAUACAAAAAUAUUAAAUAUUGCUAGGCGUAUAAUUGAGGAUGGGAGUUUUACCUAUAAAGGUAGAGAAGCCGGAGAAAUAACAUUUGAAAGUAAUCUUAAAUAUGUUUUGCGAUUCAUGAUUGAUUGUAAGGUAACUGGGGCAAAUUGGAUCGAAUUGCCGCCAAAAUCUUAUCGAUUUUGUGCAGAGUAUGAAAGAUUUUCACACUGUCAGUUAGAAAUUAUUACUAGAUAUGAUCAAUUUAUUAGUCAUCCGCCCGAAGGGAAUUGGUUAAAAAUCGCUCCAUUACGCAUUUUGAGUUUUGACAUUGAAUGUGCUGGACGCAAAGGAAUAUUUCCUGAGGCGGCACAAGAUCCUGUGAUUCAAAUUGCCAACAUGGUCACAAUUCAAGGUGAAAAGAACCCCUUCGUUAGAAAUGUCUUUACGUUAAAUUCAUGUGCACCAAUUGUUGCGACAGACGUUUUAGAAUAUUAUGACGAAGGUAAUAUGCUACAAGCCUGGUGCGACUUUGUUGUUGAGGCUGACCCUGAUGUUAUAAUCGGAUAUAAUAUCGCGAAUUUUGAUUUACCGUAUCUAAUUGAUAGAGCUGCUCAUUUGAAAGUUACAAAAUUCCCGUAUUUUGGUACUAGAGUUGAAGUCAGGGAUACUAGAUUUUCUUCGAAAGCAAUUCAAUUAGAUAUGCUACAGGUUAUGCAACGUGACUACAAGCUUAGGUCAUAUACCCUUAAUUCAGUCUGUGCUCAUUUUCUAGGCGAACAAAAAGAAGAUGUCCACCAUUCUAUCAUCACAGAUUUACACAACGGGAACCCUGAAACACGACGUCGUUUAGCAAUUUAUUGCUUGAAGGAUGCAUACCUGCCUCAACGACUUAUGGAUAAGCUCAUGUGUCUGAUUAAUUACUUGGAAAUGGCCCGUGUGACCGGUGUACCUUUCAACUAUCUUUUAUCACGUGGUCAGCAAAUUAAAGUUAUUUCGCAAUUGUAUAGAAAGGCAAUUGAACAAGACUUUGUUAUACCCGUUCGAAAAAACGUAGAAGGGACCGAUGAACCAUUUGAAGGUGCAACUGUAAUUGAUCCAGAAAAAGGAUUUUAUAAUGUUCCAAUCGCAACCCUUGAUUUUAGUUCAUUGUAUCCAUCAAUUAUGAUGGCGCACAAUCUUUGCUAUACGACGUUGGUAGAUCAAAGGGAAAUAGAAAAUUUAAAAUUAAAGAAUGACAGUGACUACAUAAUUACGCCAUAUCAGUCAGCUCGGUUCGUGAAAGCAGAAGUUCGAAAGGGUCUUUUACCAUCUAUUCUUGAAGAUUUGCUUUCUGCACGUAAAAAAGCAAAAGCUGAUCUCAAAAAAGAGACGGAUCCCUUUAAAAGAGCAGUUUUAGAUGGGCGUCAAUUAGCUUUAAAGAUUAGCGCAAACUCAGUUUAUGGCUUUACUGGUGCAUCAGCAGGUCAAAUGCCUUGCCUUGAAAUAUCAGCAAGUGUCACAGCGUACGGACGCCAAAUGAUUGAACAAACCAAGCGAGAAGUAGAAAGUCGAUUUACUAUUGAAAACGGCUAUAAACAUGAUGCUCAAGUUAUUUACGGUGAUACCGAUUCUGUCAUGGUUAAAUUCGGUGUGGACAAUUUAGUUGAAUCUAUGAAACUUGGUCAAGAAGCGGCUGAAUAUGUCACAGGGAAAUUUCUAAGGCCAAUAAAGUUAGAAUUCGAAAAAGUAUAUUUUCCAUAUUUGUUAAUCAACAAAAAACGAUAUGCUGGCCUAUAUUGGACAAAUUCUGAAAAGUGGGAUAAAUUAGACACCAAAGGCAUUGAGACAGUUAGACGUGAUAACUGUCUACUUGUUCAGAAUGUAAUCGAAACAUGCUUAAGAAAAGUGUUAAUUGAUCGAGACGUUUCUGGGGCUGUGGCGUAUGCAAAGAAAAUCAUUUCUGAUUUGCUUCAAAACAAAAUUGAUAUGUCUCAACUUGUGAUAACCAAAGCUUUAAGUAAAUCCGACUAUUCUGCUAAACAACCGCAUGUAGAAUUAGCUGAACGUAUGCGUAAACGUGAUCCAGGUUCUGCACCAACACUAGGAGACCGCGUGGCUUAUGUUAUUAUAAAGGGCACUAAAGGCGCAGCCGCUUACGAAAAGUCAGAAGAUCCAAUAUAUGUGUUAGAAAAUAACAUACCAAUUGACACUAGUGACAAAGCAGAAUCUCUACUGUCUGGUGAUCAUACACGCGUCGUUCAACAUACAACACCGACAAUUGGUGGCCUAAUGAAAUUUGCAGUUAUAGUUCCAACAUGCUUGGGUUGUAAAGUUCCUUUAACAAAAGAUGCAGGUACGGUGGUAUGUCGCCAUUGCAAGCCGAAGUUAGGUGAAUUAUAUCAGAAACAAUUGGCUACUGUUAAUGAAUUCGAAACCCGUUUUGCCCGGUUGUGGACUCAAUGUCAAAGGUGUCAAGGAAGUUUACAUCAAGACGUUCUGUGCAGUUCUAGAGAUUGUCCUAUUUGGUAUAUGAGAAAAAAGGCUCAAAAAGAUGUACAAGAUGCAUCUUCAGUCCUUGAAAAGUUUAAUUGUGAAUGGUAA